CACGUGGUACCAUCUCCAAAAAUUGCACUCCGCAUCAACAAAGUCGCGAUAGCAGGCCCAACCCAGCAGCCUCACAACGCCAGGAGAAACCAGGUAACCCAAAAUGCCAACCCCUAUCCCGUCCUUCCUCCUCCCCCGAGGGGCCCCUUCAACCCUAAUCAUGCGCACCCUCCGACGCCAACCACAACGAACAUUCACGACAACGCGCGCAGCCUUCAAAAAAGCCAAAAGCAAUGCCAAUGCCAACAGCAAACCCCGCGUCCUGGAAAAACCAGACAAAUUCCGACCCCCAUCACACCCCCAGCGCUAUGUAGCGCCAUCCCCCAAAACGCACCUCCAGGCCAACCAUUCGAAUACGGUCCUCGCACAACCCCCAAGGAAAUCGAAGAGCAGAAUACAAAGCAGUAUCCGAAUAUGUUCCCACCCCAGGGGACGGUUAUGCAUAAGUUUUUGACCAGUAAAUGGAUUCAUAUUUGGAUUGCGAUGAGCAUUCUCUUCUCCCUAGCAACAUUCACCUUCACAACAAACUUCAAAGCAACCUCCCCCUUCGCCCAUCUCCUCCCAUCCUGGUCCGAACUCCUAACCAGUCCCUUCGGCACGAUUUCGCGCGCCUUCUCUGUGUGGCGUAUGCAUGUGCAGCAUGAAUCUAUGCGUGUGCGUGAACAGAGGCAUCGCCGUGUUGAGGAUGCUGAGAAGAGGAAGAUGUAUCGGGUUGCGCAUGGAUUGGAGGAGGAGGAUGCUAAGAAAGAGGAUGGUGGGGCGGAGAAGGAGGUGGAUGUGCAGAGUCCUGUUGCUGUUGAGGUUGGUGAGGGGGAGUUUGUUGAUUGGGAGGGAAAGAAGAGGCCCGUUAAGAAGUGGUUUGGGAUUUGGUGAUUUCCUGUGUCACUUUUGGGCUAAGGAGGGAGAUGUGUGUGGUGUGAUAUGAUAUGAUAUGACAUGACAUCGCCAGUUGGGAGCUUGUUAUAUGCAGUGGAAACGGGGAUUAUGGGUUGGAAUGGAUAGUCCAGAUUCGGGCAUUCUGAUAUCCGAUAUUGAUAUUGAUUGAUC